UGUUGUAUCGCUUUAAAAUCUAGUUGGUCUGCGUUCACUUCACUGCGCUUUUACUCAACGCCUGAGUGACAAAAUGCCCCGAGUUCACUGAGCCUUGUGGACCUCAGCAAACUUACCAAGCGAAUCUGGUUUAUUUUCUCAGUAUCUUUUGUUUUGACGUAGUUUAAGAAGGUUUGAUGAGGAUACUGAAAAUGAUAUAGGUUUUGAGCCUCUCUCUCCUCCGCUGGUUUAUUUAUAAGAGACUGGUGUGCAGACUGAGAACAGUGCGCGUCUUUGUGUGCAGUCAGUGUGCCAGCAGAACUGCGGUCUGAAGUCUACCUGCCUCAUGGGACGCCAAGAAGCAUAUUUCACAUUUGGAAAAUACGUUUCUCUCAUGCUCCAGCCUCGAUGCCCUUCAGGUUGAGAUUUUCCCCACAAGAAACUUUUUUGAGAUUUUUCUACAUUUUUAGAUUUUACUCUUUAAAAGGUUUUUUCCCUAUAACUGAGUGAUUGAUCGAUUCCAGAGGCCUCUUUUAACUUCAUUUGUUGGAUAUUCUUGCUUCACGGAUGCGAACCGCCGCAGAAGCGUGAGAUAAUUAAAUCAUUCAUUCUUUGUAAUAAGACGGAUCAAAAUGUUUAAUCUUCCCACAUUGCCAGUUAUAAUAUUGCUUGCCCUGAGGAUCCAUACAGUGCGUCCGGGCAAAUGCCCAAAGUUCUGCAUUUGUGACAACAUCCAGCUCACGAUUGUCUGCGUCAACAAGAAUCUUACUGAGGUGCCACCUACUAUUGAUGAGAUAACAGUGAAACUGGACCUGAGAGGAAAUGACCUGCAGGAGCUUCCUACAGGGGCUUUCUCACACACCCCUUACCUAACCCACCUGUCCCUGCAGAACAGCAAGAUCCGAAGAGUGCGGGAAGGAGCCUUCCGUAAACUUGGCCGUCUGGUUUUACUCAACCUGGCCAACAACAACAUUGAGAUUCUCUACCAGGAGUCAUUUGAUGGCCUUUCGUCUCUGAAGCAGCUACUGAUUGACCGAAAUAGGGUGGAGGAGAUCCAGCCUGGAGCUUUUUCACAGCUUGGCUUUCUCAACCUCCUCUCCCUCACACACAACCAAUUGGUGUACAUACCUAACAUGGCAUUCCAGGGUUUGCAGAACAUCAAAUGGUUACGUCUCAGUCACAAUUCCCUCAAUUAUCUUGCAACAGAGGCUUUUGCUGGCCUCUUAACUCUUACCCGGUUGAGCCUGGACAAUAAUGAACUGCAGUUUUUUCCCACUGAAACAAUGACAAGACUUCCAGAAGUAACUCGCUUGGAAUUAAGCUAUAACCCCAUGACCUACUUUGGAGAGGAGUCUGUAGCCAUGCCCAAGCUCACUCACCUCUUCCUGGAUCACAACUCCCUGCAGGAUUUUUCAAAUGCAGCUAUCCUGCUCUCACCUCAUCUGGUCCAUCUGGACCUAAGCUAUAACCAGCUGCGUGUCCUGCAGCCAAUGGCCCCUGGCUCUCCCAAAUUAACUCGCCUAAAUCUGGUAGGCAACCCCAUCUACUGCAGCUGCUACAUGCGGCCGCUGCGAGAGUGGGCGAUACGGGAGCGCAUCCGCCUGGGCGGCACAUGUGGAGGUCCACCACAUCUGUCUGGUGAGAAUCUAGAGGCAGUUUAUCCGGUUGAUUUGCGCUGUCAGAGCCAGGAGGCCAUGUUAAAGGCUGAACUGGAGGAACAGAGCAGACUACCCACACUCCCCACAACCCCACCCCCAGAUAAAGUAAAAUGCCCAGCCAACUGUGAAUGUAAGGCUGAGAACCACCACUCAACUUGUGAAAACAAAGGUCACACCAAGAUCCCUCGUGGUUUUUCACCAGAUACACGCUUGCUGGACUUGCGAGGCAACCAUUUCCACUACAUCCCUACAAAUAGUUUUCCUGGUGUUGCAGAAGUUGUUUCCCUUCAUUUGCAGCGGUGCAAGAUCCAUGAGGUAGAGGACGGGGCUUUCAAUGGUAUGAAGGGUCUGGUCUACCUCUACCUCUCAGAAAAUGAUCUCACCUCAUUGAGUCCUGAGGCAUUUAAGGGGUUGCCUCAACUCACUUAUCUCCACCUGGAGAAGAACCAUUUCACACAGUUCCCUAAAGGAGCAUUCAAGCUGUUGCCUGGUUUGCUGGCUCUACACAUGGAGAACAAUGCUAUCACGAAGCUGGAAGCAGGGCUCCUGACAGGCGCUGAGAAACUUAGGGGCCUCUUUCUCACUUCAAAUGCCAUCAAAACCAUUUCCCCCAGGGCCUUUGAUCCAGAACCUGAUUUGGAUACUCUACAUUUAGGCAGCAACAAACUUAUGGAGGUGCCAAGUGAGGCCCUUUCUAAAGCCAAAAGCCUGGCAGAGCUUAAACUCUCCCGCAACCCUAUUCGCUGGAUUGGAGCAGGGGUUUUUCAGUCAAUUGCUACCACACUUAAACGGCUUUACCUUGAUCAUAUGGGCUUAGAAAAGAUGUCUAAGGAUUCUCUAGCAGGAUUGGGAUCUGGUCUGCAGAGUUUGUUUCUUGAAGGGAACCAGCUUGAGGAGCUGCCUGACUUUAAUCCACUCACAGGCCUUGAGAUUAUAAAUUUAGCAGAAAAUCCACUGCUCUGUGACUGCCCAUUGUUGCCAUUUCGCAAGUGGAUUGAAAAGGUGAAUCUGAAGGUCCGAGCCACCUGUGGCCACCCACCAGAACUCAGAGGUCAAAGGGUCAAAGACGUCCACGUCUUUAAGAGCUGCCCAGGGGAAAAUCCAUCAAAGACUGAAUCUGCUCAAAUCAGUCCUGCAAAAGUCAUUAAAAUAGUUGAAGCCAAAGGAAAAUCACACAAAAGUGCAAAACCUCACAAAGUGCAGAAAACUACCACCAAGAAAAGGAAGUCAGUGUAAACCUAUUGUUACUGCAUUUAUUGCAUUGCUGUGACUGAUUUAGGUAAAUGUAACCCUAACACUUACAUUUUAAACACUGCUUGCAUCCGUAAGUUUUCUAGAUUUAUUUAAGUCUGCUCAGAGUAUAUAACUAAGCAUGUAGUAAUAAUAACCUUUAAUGUGCAGUUUUAGUUUACAAAGGUUGUACUAUUAUGGUUUACUGGGGUCUUAGACUUUUGGUCAAAUUUCCUCAAUUGUCAAAACCUUUUUCUAUCCCAUUUUUUUAAAUGUGUACUGACCUACAGCAUGUUUCUUAGUUCAUAUCAACAUGUAUGACCAGAUCUUAGCAAAGGUGCAGUCAAGACCCAGACCAAUACCAGGCCCCCUAAGAUCCAGACCAAGACUAGACCCUUCAAGACCCAGAUCCAGAUCAAGCCCUAUUCCCAAAACCCAGACCAAGACCUGUCGGUCUAAGAUCCAGGCAGUAAAUUUUAAUGAACCAAGAUGCUGAAUUUAUUGCAGCAAUCAUUUAUAACAUUCAACAGUUAUGUUUUAACACCUUUUCAUUUAUUUUACUUAAUUGAACAAGGAACAAUUCAACAAUCAAUCUUUACCACCUUUUUGCUUCAGGUUUUUCCCAAGAAAAUAAUAAAAUAAAAGUGUAAAUAAAAAAAGGUAAAUUUUAUUAAAUAAUUUUGUUUCAUCUGCAUUAUUAAUAUAACAAAAUAAACAUGUUUAUUUGUGGAAUGGA